AUGCUCUUUGUGAAUGGUUUCUCGGGGCUGACAAAACUCGCAUUACCCGUUGUAACUAUCAUUGAGUCCAUUUGCGCUCCAAUGAUCGUGUAUCUGGCCCUAUUUCAUUCCAAGAAAAUGCGUCGAUAUCGCUUUUUUAUUAUCAACAAUGUGGUCUGGAGCUGUCUUUUCAAUUGGGCCGUUUGGUUUGCCAAACCGGCUUUCAUGUUUCCGGCAGCGUGCGUUGUGUUCGAAAAUAGGCUGCUCCAUCGGGUUCCAGUGGCCAAAAUUGCCGGCUCGUUGAUGGUAAUUCUAUUCGUCAAUGUGGAGCUGGCUGUGGUUUGGGUUCUCUUCUAUCGAUACUUCAUGGUAAGGGUUCUAAUUAUAGAGUUGGCAUGUUCUUUUUGACAGAAAAACAUGAAUUUGUUUCAGGCGUAUCCCGGAAAAGCCAGCGAUUUUGUGGAGAAGGGAAAGGGCUUCAUCAUUUCCAUUGUAAUCACACAAUUCGUUGCUUAUGUCCUUUUCUUCAUCCCAUUUUAUAUACAUCCUAUUAGAAGUGAGUUGCAAAAACGAUUUAUUGUCAUCUUGCUAUAUGAGUCACAUGUAUACAAAUAUUAUACAUGUGCAAAAAUUUAUCAGAAACAUAUUGUCAGGCUCUCCAGAUCAAUCCAUUGAAAAGAUCAGACUUCUCGACCAGCUCCCUCAUUUCGAAGAAAUCGAGCCUGAGGUUGGCUACAUCUGCGCGCCGAAUCUUCUUCUUGUCUCGAGAUACUGUUUAUUCGCAGCCGUCAUGCUGAUAAUUUGUUUUUUGGUUGGGAUGGCCAUGUUUUCUAUCAUGGGUCAUCGUGUUAUGGUUGUUCUGCCCAGAAUGAACAUGAUGAAGAGCACCCAACAAAUGCAUGCCAUGUUGUUCAAGGCAAGGCUCUGUUUUAACAUAGCUCUCGUAUAGUCAUCACGUGACGGUUGCAUAUCGUAAAAUAUACUGUACUUUUCAGGCAGUCUCAGUCCAAAUCUGGGUUGGCUACGUCUUCCUUCUCUUCCCUUCGGCCAUCCUGUUCUUAGCCAUUUCGUAUCGGUGGAACGAGGGCACAACCGUGGCGGCAUUUUGCAUUAUGAUGGUGCAAACGCAUGGAUGCGUGGACUUCAUAACAAUGAUUUAUUUUAUUGUGCCGUAUCGAAGGAAAUUGCUACAGGUCUUGGGACAGAACUUCCCGAGCAAGCAGGUCGUACGAGCCAGUAGCACUGUGCUGCGGAGGGCGCUACCAGAUGAGCCCGAGGAUUAG